AUGGAUCUAUUCACAAAAUAUAUGCAACCUUUCACCAUCGUAGAAAAUCAAGGAUUCAGGAAUUUUGUGCAAAUGUUAAACCCAUCGUAUCAGUUACCAAGCCGAAGCCGAAAAUAUGUAUUCCAUUUUGUAAAUGAGGACUUUCCGGAAAAAUCCGUAUUAUUAGAAUGCUGUUCUUUUCCUGAGGCUCAUACUAGUACUAAUUUAGCAGCGGAACUUAAUCGUAUAGUAACUAUGUGGGGAUUAGAAUCAAAAAUUCUUUUAGCAGUGUCAGACAACGCAGCAAACAUUAAGAAGGCAAUAAAAGAAGAUCUAGGAUGGAAGCAUUUUGGAUGUUAUGCUCAUACUAUAAACUUAAUUUUACAGGAUGGGAUAAAAGUAGUUUCACCAAUUGUCACCAAGGUUCGCACAUUAUUGGCACAUUUCAAAAGAAGUACUAAUGCCAGUAAUAAAUUGAUGGAAGUACAAAGACAAGCCGGAAAAGAGCCAAAAAUACUUAUUCAAGAUGUUGUGACCAGAUGGAAUUACACUUUCUAUAUGCUCGAUAGAAUUUUGGAAUUAGAGGAAGAAGUUCGCACAAUUAUGGCCUUACUAAAUAUGAACAAUCUUCCCAGCAUAUCAGUUGAAGAAUGGGGACUACUUCAAUAG